AUGCUUUCAAAUUUUGACUGUAUUGUUCAAUCGCCUAAAGGUUCAGGAAAAAGUUUGGCUUUUAUAUUACCUAUGAUGCAUAUUUUGCUUAAAAAGAAGGAAAAGAUUGGACAAAGCAAAGAAGUCUCAUGCAAAAUUAUUGGUCUAAUUAUUGUUCCCAGCAGAGAAUUAGUUAAUCAAAUAUUUCAAUUAUGUAAACCAAUAUGUUCAACUCUUGAAUUUCGAUUAAUUCGUUUAUUUGGUUCGAGUGUAUUACGAAAUCAGGAACUGAAAGUUGACGUUGAUCAAUUCAAAGGAAAUUGUGUUGUUAUUACAACACCUGUAAGCUUUGAUUCAUUUGUUAAUCAACACAAUCAAUUGAAAGAAUAUUUAAAAUUUUUGCAAGUUUUGAUAAUUGAUGAAGCAGACAAAUUUAAAGAUCAAUUUACAAGAAAUAGCAUUUGUUCAGUACUUUCAAUUUUGCCCGAACAACGACGUUCUGCUCUUUUUUCUGCAACAGAAAUGGCCGACAAAUUUGAGGCAAAAGUUAAUGAAUUAGCUCGUUUUGGACUUAGAAAUCCGUUAAAAUUAACUAUUGGUUCAGAUAAUAUAAUACAAAUGAAUAAAGAAGGUGAAGAAGAUGAUCAACAAGAAGAAGAAAAGAAGGAAAUUAAACAAGAAGACGGGUCAAUUGUUACACCAAAGCCAAUUGACAACGACAAGGUGCCUGAUGACAUUAAAACUAAAAGACUUGCAAAAUUCAAACUUUUGCCUGAAAUUCAACUGGAUAUAUUAAAAUGUCUCGACUUCAGUCAAUUAUUAACUGUCCAACAGUCAAGUUUUUAUUUCAAAAAUUUUAUUGAGAAAUAUGGAAAAGAAUUGGCAAAGAAGGAAUUUUUUUCGCUUGAAUUUGGUUCUGUUUUUGAAGAACUAAAAUUGGAAGAUAAUGAAUGUAAAUUCGUUAAAAUAGAACUCGAACAUAGAUUUGUUGAAAUAGAACCUCAUCUUUAUGAUUUCGAACUGAGUGAACAGAUUAAAGAAAAGUGGGAACAAGGAAUAGAAGAGUCAGUUCCAAUGUUUUUUACAAUGGGUGAUAAUGAAGACAUAGACAUGGUUGUUUGUGAAUUGCAACAAAACAGAGCGGAGGAUGAUGUUUAUUUACAAUUGCCAAAGUUUCCAAAAAAUAUGGAGGAAAUGAAAAUUGCUCGUUUUUUAUUCCAACUACUUUUUAACUGCGCUUUCGAAUCUUUUUACAUUUCUACUAUUGUAAUUAAUCCAAAAAUGAUUGAAUUAUUGUUUGAAGAAACAAACAUGCCUUUACAAAUAUAUUCUCAGAAAACAUCAUUAACUCCUUAUGAUAAUUUUUCAAACUUUGCUUGGAAUCAUUUGUCUUCAAAUAAAUUAACUCUGAAUACUUGUACCUGUGCAAAGGAUGAUGAAAUGGACUUUUUUUUUAAACUCUUGACAGAAAGAGGAAAUAAAUUUUCAAAUAUUCGUUAUACUGAUGUUGCUAGUAGAAUUUACAAUUCAAUUAUAAAGGUUUGUACAUUUUUUUAUUUUAUUCUGGCAAAUUAGGGCAGGAACAUGGCGGUUAUGGAGGUCCGGGAAAUUUUUAUUCUUUAAUUGUCGGGCUCAAAAUGGUCAAAUUCUCAGUCUCUACUUUGAACGACAUAACUUUGAUUCUCGUUUUUUUGAUUCUCGUACGAUACCCC